AUGUCUGUAGCAGACACCUCCCAGUCCAGCUCGACACUCUACUUCAAGGAUAACAUACUUUCUGUGCCAGGUUACGCAUUCGAGAAAGCUUACCCAUGGAACGACACUGGCAGCUCUACUCUCAUUGCAGAGGGUCGCAGUCUCAAGGAUGGUGCUCUCGUCCUCGCGAAGAUGGCCCCAGCACAUUCCGCAUCUUCAAUAUGUCUCCAGCGCGAGGCCCAUAUUUUGAGUAAACUCGGAGAGUCUCCAGAGGCUUUAAGCACCACGUUGCGGUUGAUCGAAUUUCUGGUACUACCACGUGUUGAUGGGGAUUGUGUGGUCUUGCUGCUUGUGCAUCCUGGCGCAAACCUACUGCCGAAAUACUUUCCCCCAUCCAAAGUGAAUGAUUUUCUCCUAGCUGAGGCUGAAGGAUCACAACAGGCCCAUCGUGAUCCAGACACUUCUCUCACAGAGGAGCUAUCCACAGACAUCGAGGAGGAGAGAUAUGAUGUGAUGGAUCUUGCCUCGUUCCUAGAGCUCGGUUUCGUUCAUCGAGAGGUUCGUGCCAAUGCUUUCCACAUUAACGUCCACUCGGGUGUUGUGCGGAUCGUGCACUUCGGAAACCGCUCUGUAUCUUUGGAGGAAGCAGGGGGUCCAACACAACUUGUCCUCGACUACUCUCAUCCAUAUUAUGGCCUUUCAGCUUCGUCACUAGAGUUGGUGGCCAGCGCUUCAUCACCCGAUAUUUCCACGUCCAAAUCCCCUAAUUAUAGCGAUACCAUCUUAGUAUCUCGAUCGAUAUCCCCGGAGAAGGUCAUCGAAGCACUUCAUUACUUGGCUCCCGAACAAGUUUCUUCCUCACCUUCAGUUGUCCAGGAAGAUCAUCGCGCAGACCUCUAUUCACUUGGCAUGCUGUUCUGGACGUGUGUUGUGGGCAGAGGUCGAUUACCUUUUGCCCUGAGCGGAAGCAAUCAUGGCAACGUCAGUCCUGCGGAGGUCUUGGCAGCAUUGGGAACCAAACGACCCCCUCCCGUUAGUGAAGUAAGAAGUGACGUCCCCACUGUUAUCGGCGACAUCAUCGAUAAACUCCUGUCGAAGUCGCCCGAUGCGCGAUAUCAGAGUGCAUAUGGGCUCAAGGCUGACUUGCUUGAAUGCCAAAAACGUUUGCUGUCGAGUCUCAUACCCGCGUUUAAAAUUGGACAAGAAGACAAAUAUUCGUGUGGUCGUGACAAGGAGCUGGAAACCAUCCGGAACGUCAUCAGACAUAGCCUGACGUCGUUCUCCCGUCAAUCAUCGAUAAUGAAAGCUUUGACCCCCCCGUCCGUCUCCUCCACGAGCUCUCAAGGGACGGGGACAGACAACGAUGACGAGGAUGCAAUAUCCUCUUCUGCUGUCAGUACCGAGGAGAGUCCGAAACUAGCCCCCGCCAAGGUAGAGGGCGUAUACAGCUUGCCAGUCGGUCAGAACGCAGCCACCGCGUCGCCCAUUAACUCGGCUGCGAAGUCCGGGCGUGAUGCCAGAGAGCCAGUGUUUCCGCCCCCCACUGGGACAUCUGAUGUAGCUACAAGUUUGCGGAGAGCCGCGUUACAGACUAAGGAGCGGGGCAUUAAGACUCAUGCAAUUGUAGUCGUUGGGGAUGGAGGCGUGGGAAAGAGCUCACUAGUGAUGGCCAAUCAAUCGAAGUGGAAAGUAAAUGGAUUAUGGGCGCAGGCUAAGUUUCAGACCACAGACAAAGCACCUUUCGCGGCCUUGCUCUCUGCCUUGUCCUCCGCGCUUCGCCAGCUGACGUUCAAACCGGCUGACGCCUAUCAUUUCGUUAGAACUUUAACAGAACGCCUUGGCCCCCAACUAGCCAAUUUACCCUUGCUUUUCGCAGGAUCUCCUGUUGUCAAAGCUGUACUCGAGGCUUGGGGAAUGAACACUGCCGCUUUAGGAAACGGAAUUGAAAACGCGAUCGAAAAAGCUUCUGGAGAACCGGGGGGAUGGGCCAGAUUAGCAACGGGCGAACUAAGCGCACGAUUUCAGAACCUGGUUGAAAGUGUCUUUAGCGUCAUUACUGAAACCAGACCCGUCGCAUUGUUUCUGGAUGAUCUACAUGAAGCAGAUAACGCGUCCCUAGAUCUCGUGGAGGCCCUUAUCAACUCCAGGAGUCGCAUGCUUGUCUUCGCUACAGUUAAACCGGAGGGGCAGCUAAUGGACCGAAUACGCUCGAUGUGUUCUCACCGCGCAAGGGCGACCUGGAUUACCCUAGAACAAUUGCCGUUUUCUGCGAUAUCGUCGUUCGUUGCAAAAGCAUUGCACCGACCUAGAGAAGAAUGUUCGCGUCUGUCAAGACUAGUGUACACGGCUUCUGGGGGUAAUGCAUUCUUGGCCAGAAGCCUCCUGAAUGCCAUGCAACGACAUCACCACAUCACGUUCGACUGGGCUCGGAAUCACUGGCAGUUUGACAUAACCACAAUCGAGUCUAUUUUGGUAAAUCAGGAAACCACUUCGGACCCGAUGGACAAGUCCUUCCUCGUUGAGAAUUUUCGUGAGCUUCCUGAAGCCACGAAGAAGUACCUUAUGUGGGCUUCACUUUUUGGAACGACGUUUAAGGCCAAUGAAGUCGCACUCCUGAUCGACUGGGAGGACAGUAGCGGAAGCAGUUCAGACGAAGACGAAGAUGUGUGGAACUUGUCCAAAGCCAUAUCCAUCCUCAAAAACCGCGGCUCGAGUGUUGGCGACUCGAUGCGAGGGCUUCAAGGGGCUAUCAACGAGGGAUGGCUUGUCCAGAAGGGACGUGAUAUGUGCAGUUUUGCGCAUGACCAGUAUCGACUUGCAGUUCAGCAAGAAGUGGCAGCUCUACCUGGGAAUGUGUUAUCGAAGAUGUCGUUUCGUAUCAUAUUGGCGGUGCUGCACGAUGCGGUUCCGGACGUGCAUAAGAUUGUCGAUCAUGCUGGACGAUGUAUACCCCUUCUGUUGAAGCAGCCCAACCGCGAACAACUGUUGGACGUGCUUAUUGACGCGGGUGAAUCUGCUUGGGCAAGAGGGGCACAUGAGCUUGCGUUUCAGGCUUUUCUCAGUGCCCAAAGCCUUUUGAGUACGGAUCACUGGACCCUCAAUCCCAAGCGAUCCUCUUUGUUGCUUUCUAAAUUGGCCGAACUUUGUACCUGGAAAGGCGACUUGACAAAGUCGGAAAGCCUGAUAGCGGAAUACAUACAGCACGCUCAAUCUCCUGAAGAUCAAGCUCGCGCUCUCCGAAUACGAGCCAACAACCAUUUCCUACGGAAUGAGUUUAGUAAUGCUUUGGAUACGCUCGUUCACGCUUUGCGUAUUCUAGGUGAGGUUGCAGAUGUGAUGUUUGAGGAUGUCAAAGGCCGGAUUCUUGCUAUUGGGUACGAAGAGAUGCUCAAGAUACCAAGGGCAACAAACCCACGAAUAGAUCUAGCAGUAUCGAUUCUGAAUGACGCUGGAACCAAUGCUUACUGGACCCUGUCGGAGAGUAUGAUUGAUGUCAUAGGUCUGACUACAAUCAAUCUUGCCUUAAGGUUUGGUUUUUCUCCGGGGACAUCGUUAGGUUUCUUCUGGGCAAUCGGAGCCGCAGCUGAAAAGCGAGAAUUGUUCAAGUUUUCUGUUGACCUCGGAAAGUUGGCAUUACGCAUUGCAUAUCUGCAUGGAGGGGGGAUGGAAAAAUGCCGUGCUACCUUGUUGUAUUCUGCUCUGGUGGCACCCUAUGACAACGUUCAUAUGCGCCACACCAUUCCCUUGUUAGAGGAUGGGCUCAAGUAUGGUCAUAGCUCUGGUGAUCGCGGCUAUACAUGCUUCGUGUCCGUCUAUACCGUACUUGCCAGGCUUUACACGUGUGAACACCUGUCCGACUUGGUGGUAGCUGCAGAAGAGUGCUCUAACGACGUAGAGGCGUGGACGCCGAACAGCGACGGAACGAUUUUGGCUCAAGGUCUUCUUAACUGCGUCAGGGCGAUGGGCGGCUAUACAGAUGCAUCGUCUAUUGACACUGUGUUCAACACUGACGCAUUCGACGAUAAAGAGUAUCAGGAAAGAAUUACCCAGAUCACCGGUAACAGUCUCUUGUCGCUAGGCUGGCGGGUCGUUGCCUUAUAUUGUACUGGUUUCGUCGAUGCCGCCGCCGAACUCGGUUUUAUGGUCUACGAUGCUCGUGGAUGUCACCCGAAUCAUCGACACGCCCGUUAUUCUACGUUCUUCCACAGUCUAGCCCUGAUAGCUUGUCUGAGACGGGGAGACCUCGACUCAAAAACUCGGUCGCGCUAUGUGGACCAAGUAAUAAAGAACCAAGCGUACAUUCGCAGGUGGUUAGCGUCAACCCCGGUAAACACAGGAACUUGGAUUGCUCUCGUUGAAGCGGAGAUGGCCUCUUUAAAUGGCGAAAAUGGAGCCUUGCGGUUAUACGACAUGGCAGUCAAAUUGGCCAAUAACCAUGGGUGGGUCCUUGAGGAAGGGUUGGCCCUUUAUCUGGAAGGCAGUCAUCUUGUCCGGACUGGCGUCGAAGGCCUCGGAGCCGAGUUACAGCAGCAAGGAAUAGCGAAGGAAAUGCAAUGGGGCGCAUAUGGCAUCGUCCGCAAUUUAACAGCUAUCGUGGAUCCACAUGUUCGGCCCCCACCCAGGCGUUCUGUGUCCUAUGUGAACACAGCGGUUCAAACAGAUAUCUACGUUGACAACUCACCUUUGUCUGUUUCGCGGACAAUGUCUCUGGACACCCAGGCAACUGACGAGUUGAACGGCAUAUCGUCUCUACCUCCGUCCGACCUGAUGUUGGUUAUCAGGAGGAGCAAAGAAAUAGCGGACUGCAUAAGCCUGUCGUCGGCUCUGCAAAGACUGACCGAGAUCACUGCUGACAUGUGUCAGUCUCAUUGCUGUUGUAUCGUAAUCAUGACUGAGGUUGGCGAGUAUGGCGUGGCGACAAUUCUCCAACCUCCGGAACUCUGCCGGGUAUUUGAGAAUCCGAAACCGUUGCGAAUGCUGGAGUCGUCACAAAUAACUGCCAUCCAAAGUGUGUUGGACUCAAAACAGAACUACCAUAAAGAGGAGCACAACAAUGACGAGCCUCUGUCUGAAAUCGGUCUACCAAUCUUCAGUAACAGAGGCCAGAUUCUCGGAGCGCUUUACGUCUCGACCAAAAGGGUUCUAUCGCAGACUACUGUGAUCACCCUGAACGUCCUCUGCCAACAAGCAAAUAUCAGCAUAUCUAGUGCGAUUUUGUUCCGCUCAGUGCAGGCGGGUACCAGAGAAAACCUGAAGAUGAUAGCUUCUCAAAGAGAGGCCCUAGAAGCUGCACGGAAGAGCAGAGAGGAUGCCAUCCGUGCCACGAGGGUCAAAUCUCGCUUCAUCGCCAACAUGUCUCAUGAGAUGCGGACACCGUUUAGUUCUUUCUAUGGUUUGCUUGAUCUCCUAAGCGGGACGGAACUCAAUGCAGGCCAAAGGGAAAUCGUGGACACAGCAAAACAGUCUUGUGAAAUCCUCUUGAAAAUCAUAGAUUCCAUACUGGAUUACAGCAAGCUCGAAGCUUCCGCUAUGAAACUUGAUUUCUCGGCUUUCCCUGUUGAGAAUGUCAUUGCGGACUGCCUGGAGCUAGUUCUUCCGAUUGCCGCGAAGAAGCUGCAUUUGUCAUAUAACAUCGAAGAGGACGUUCCAGAGUUCCUCAUGAACCUCAUUGGGAACGCCAUCAAAUUCACCGAGUCCGGAUCUGUGACCGUCCUAUGUUCUGUCGAUAAGGAAUCAGUACCCUCCUGUUCGGGACAAGUCUUUAUCAAGUUUUCAGUCAAGGAUACGGGCAUUGGUUUGUCUCCAGAUGCCAGAGGAAUGUUGUUUGUGCCUUUCCAACAGGUCGACAAUUCGUCCACACGGCGUUUCGGAGGGACUGGUUUGGGUUUGUCAAUCUCGCGGCAGCUAGUCAAACUGCUUGGUGGUUCUAUCGGAGUGGAGUCUAAUGCGGAUGUCGGAUCGACGUUUUGGUUCACGAUCCCCGUCAAAACUUGUGAGACGGAAGAUUCGCGGAAGGCUUCUUCAGAGAUCGAGCAUCUUCGGAAUGCCUUGACUCGACUACGCCCCAGCAAAGUCGUGAUUUGUGCUGUCUCAUCUGCGACACGCGCGUUGUUGCGCAGCAUUCUGAAAGGUUUUGACGUCACUCUUUUGUCUGACCUGGAUGCCUUGCAUUCCCAUUUGGGGCAAUAUCAAAAGGAUGAUUGGUUAGAUUUCCUGAUACUCGACGACCAGGGCCAAACACAAGUCGUAGAUGUUAUACAGAUCCUCCGAUGGUCGAACACACCUGGACUUCGCCAAACCAAGAUCAUUCACCUUUACACACCGACCUCACAAUCAUUGUCGGAAUCAGCCGCCAUCGAGGGGAAUCCAAACGUUGCCAAGAUCAUCAAGCCCGCUCGCAAAAUGCGUAUUCUUCAAGUUCUUGCGGAAUUGAGAGGCGUCGUAGCUCCCUCUGCACCUCUGUCUCCUGUCGUUACGACAUCCCCGGUGGCGGAAACCCCACGAAGGACGCUCUUUGGCAAUGUUCUCAUAGCCGAAGAUAAUGCCGUGGCACGGAGUCUCUUGAUCAAACAGCUUGAACGAUACCAACUCAAAGUCGUUGCGACAAGUGACGGUCUUGAGGCUCUGAAAGCAUGGGAAUCACGUGAACCUGGUUACUUUGCACUUGCUCUCUUCGAUCACCACAUGCCCGUGUGUGAUGGUGUCGAGGCGACCAGGAGAUUAAGGAAGCUUGAGAGCGCUCUGCUGUUACACCCUACUUACUUCUUGUUGACAGUCAUUGCCUUGAGCGCGGAUGCUCAAGAAUCUACGAAGCAGUUCUGCCUGAGUGCCGGGAUGAAUUUAUUCCUGAGUAAGCCACUGAAGAAGACCGAUCUUUCCUCUCUAUUAGAAAUGUUCGGUCCUCCCCUUGCCACCGCUGUAAGCCCUCACUGA